UUGUCUGUGCUGUCAAACAGCCAGCCACUCAUUGUAUUAACGGUUGGCUUUGAGCAUUUUCGUCUUUGUUGUUGACGACGUAGUCUCUGGCCGUAGAGAAGUUUUAUUUUAUUUAGAACAAAAUCACCACUCUGAAGAGGAAAAGAGAACAUGUCGUGUCUCCUGCAAUGAAUUUCGUCGUUACCCUAAUAGGAAGAUGUAGUUCUCCAGUUAAUUUUUUUAAGCUAGCAAUCAGUGCCAAACUAUACGCAGCCAAGAGUGGAUUUCGAAGAAUCGUUUCAAAGAAAACAAUGAAAUGUUAAAAGAAAAAGCCAACAACAAUAGAUAUAUACAUAAAAAAGAAAAAUAAAUCAUAUAACAAAAAACCAAUAAUACUUUCUAAGGAAAAAUCGUUAAACCUCUAUGCUGAAGUUUUGCAAAUUAUUGCCUAUGAUGAUUUAAAGAAAAUAUAAAAGGAGUAAAUUGUUUUAAAAAUUAACAAAACGUAGGGGCCUUAACCACUGAUGCAUUGUUCCAAUAUUUGUAAGAGCCUGGUGGUAUGUAGCCGCAUGGGGACAACGAAUUCAGCCACCCUCUUAUGCAGCGAUAAAAUUUGAUGUUAAUGCAUUGCCAACGUCCACUUCAAUCAUAUAUCUACUCUCAUAGCGGGGGAAAGGAUUUCCUCACAACUGCUAGAGGUAAGAAUACAACAGGUCAAAGUUCAUCAGAUCAUGAAAAGCGAAGCGUAGUAAAUGUGGUCGUGUGUCAUAUUCGACCGCAGUCGGGCGCUAAGUCUGUGUUUUUGCUUUAUAUGUGUACUCCACAAUGAAACUAAGCGUAAGUGCGUACCGCGCACACGCAUCGGCUCACAAGAAAAUAUUGUCGAGCGGUUAUCACUCACAACUGAACUACGGCAGUACCGGGGCAGCGGCCUCAUCGUCGACAGCUUCAUCGGCCGGUUUAUAUGCGAUUGAAACUAGCGAAGUUCCGAUUACAUUUCCUCAAACAAUGAAUCAAGCGGAUUGUAAUAACAGUGACUCGGAUGUGAUUAGUCCCACUGGCACCAGCAGUUCGGGACAUGAUCAUGUUCGUGUCGAUAAUAAACGCCGAUCAAAGCGACGGGACGAUGACCAGAACAGUAACGCUCAUUCCUCUGAUAGUAAAAGUCCGAGUCAGAGGAAAUCACGUAUCGGAGAUGGAACUUCGGAUCCAGAAUCCGAUUGGACACGUUCAAAUCAACGAUGGAUGAAGCUUCGAACAACAGUUCAAAUAUCAUCUGCAAUGCAGAAAAAACCACCGCUGAAAAGGGAAGACUCAUUUCUCAAACGAUUCUCCACACGACAAAUACCUGAAGCUCAGGAAACCGUAGAAGACACAGGGUCCGAAAGUGCCUCUGGAGACGUUGAUAAAACUGUGAAAAGGCGAAGACGUUACCUUCAAAAGCGACGUUCCGUUGUUAAUCCCGAUGAAAAUUUCCAUUUCUACUGGUUAAUGGUGUUGACAAUUUGUGUUUUGUACAAUUUAUGGACGCUUAUUGUUCGUCAAAGUUUUCCCGAGCUGCAGCAAGCGGUUCCGACAUUUUGGUUUUUAUGUGAUAGCGUAACAGAUGUGGUAUUUGUUAUUGACAUUAUCGUCCAGUUGAGAACUGGAUAUUUGGAACAAGGUCUCAUGGUUUACGAUGACAAGAAAUUGGCUAGCCAUUAUAUACAUUCUAGAAAUUUUGUAUUGGACAUGAUCUCGCUGGUUCCGUUUGAUCUGCUGCAGCUGCGAAUGGGUCCUCAGCCAUUGUUACGUUUUACUCGCUUCUUUAAGGUUUAUAGAUCUGUUCGUUUUUACUAUAUUGUUGAAAGUAGAACUGUUUGGCCAAAUUUAUGGCGUGUUGUUAACCUAAUUCAUAUCCUGUUGAUACUGGCCCAUUGGUUCGGUUGUUUCUAUUAUUUAUUAUCCGAAGCAGAAGGCUUCCAGGGUGACUGGGUUUACCCAUACCGUCCGGGAGAUUAUGCUACAUUGACUCGAAAAUAUUUGGGAAGUUUGUAUUGGUCAACUCUUACCUUGACCACAAUUGGUGAUUUGCCAACACCGGAGACAAAUGCAGAAUAUGUCUUCACCAUAGUGAGUUAUUUAAUUGGUGUUUUUAUCUUUGCCACCAUUGUCGGCCAAGUUGGCAAUGUGAUUACCAACCGAAACGCAAAUCGCCUCGAAUUUGAAAGGCUGCUGGAUGGAGCAAAAACCUACAUGAGACACCAUAAGGUGCCUGGUGGUAUGAAGCGGCGAGUUCUUCGUUGGUACGACUACAGUUGGUCCAGAGGUCGCAUCCAAGGUGGUGGCGACAUAAAUACAGCCCUUGGCCUUUUACCAGAUAAACUGAAGACGGAAUUGGCAUUGCACGUAAAUUUGAGUGUUUUAAAAAAAGUCACCAUUUUUCAAGAAUGCCAACCAGAAUUCCUGCACGACCUGGUGCUAAAAAUGAAGGCGUAUAUCUUCACUCCUGGAGAUUCAAUAUGUCGCAAAGGCGAAGUGGCUAGAGAAAUGUUCAUAAUAGCAGACGGCAUCUUGGAAGUGUUGAGCGAAACGGGCAAAGUGUUGACAACCAUGAAGGCGGGUGAUUUUUUCGGCGAAAUCGGAAUAUUAAACUUAGAUGGCCUUAACAAACGAACUGCAGAUGUUCGAUCGGUAGGGUAUUCCGAGCUUUUUUCCCUAUCCCGUGAAGAUGUAUUGGCGGCUAUGAAAGACUACCCAGAGGCUCAAGAAAUACUUCAAACGCUGGGAAGAAAACGUCUAAUGGAAGUCAGAUGUGUUAAUAAGAAACACGCCAAAGCCAAGGCGGACAAGGAUGCAGCCAAUCACCAAGGACAUCACCACAGCCAUAGCCACCAUGUUAAUCACAGUGAUAGUAGCGAAAAUAGUGCCUCAAAGAAGAUUGUCGAUAAAUUGAGACAUGAUGUCAAAGGAUUCCGAAGUGUACUUAAAAAAACCAGAACAUCACGAAGAAGUGAUGAGUCAUUGGAAAUGCAGCCGCUACACAACACAUCCCCUAAAAAUGGAAAAACCAUGCUGAAACGUAUGUCCCGAGUGCGAUCCGAUGAAAAGGAAGAGUCGGCGGAUGUGAAGGCCGAAUUGCACGAUAAAACUCCCAGUCCCAUUGGGGCCGGGUUGCCGCUGUUGCAAAGACUGCGUUUACUCAAAGAGAAACAGGAUCGCGAAGAGCGAGCUGUUAAGUCUACACCACCACAGAAAUCUCCACCUAACUCACAUGUAACCUGUACGUUAUCACCACAGGAAUCGAUACAGGAGGAACCCGAGAGGGAGAUCAACGAGGGGUUGCCAUUGAUUCAACGCUUGCAGCAACUAAAGAUCAAAAACGAUCCUCCUGCUGCCCAGGGCACCGACCCCUCCCCACCGAUCAUGUCGGUAGGUGAAAUUACAAAAAAAGUAGAAAACAUAUCGAUUGCAAGUAGCAGCCAUAGCAACACGGCGCCGACGUCUCUGGCAGUAGCCCAAAUAAAACCGAUGAUGAAGGUGUCAUUUAGACAAAGGAUACAAAAACUACAAGAGGCGGCAGAGAGUUCAAGUGGCAACGGCACCAAAAUACCACAAACUCAAAGCACAGAACCCAGUGAAAAACUGGCUACGACUGCGUCAGCCUCCAAUGGAGGUGUAAAGAAGGAACCACCCAAAUCAUUAGCUGUUUUGAAAAGUGUUGAAGCAGAAACGCCUAUGGCCGAGAGAGGGAAUAGUGAUGGGUCCAAUGCAUCGCACAAACAAAUUUCCACCAUUUCAAGUCAAAUCAUCAAACCGUCCACAGCAACAUCCUCAAUUGUAUCCGAUACAGAUACACCUAUUAAACCAUGGUCCAAGCUUAAGUUGGCGACAAUGAUUUCGUCCAGUUAUACCAGUUUAGCCACAUCAAACACAUCCUCAGACGACAUAUUUUCUCCAUUGAAAAACAACUCCGAUGGCAAUAUUCCACGACAGAUAUCGAAAGAAGGACAGCCUCAGAAGGCAUCAAAAGCCCCACCUGUGCCUGCGAGGAAAAGGGGUUAUCGUCAAGACGCCAUGGGCCAAUCGUCAAAAAUUUCUGAUAAGUGCAAACAGGUUAACUCAGGCAAUGGGAACACUGACGCAAACGCCACCAGAUCGAAACUUUAUCAAUCUGUAUUCGACUUAUCACCCGAAUACAACGGAUUGCCUUUUGUGAAACGUCUCAAAAUUCUCAACGAAAGGCAAAAACUUGCCGAGCUAGAGAGCGCCCUUCAAACCCGUAGCUUCAGCUUGGACAGUUCCAAAACAACCAGCUGUGUUCCCAUGCCUGAAGCACUGUACCGUUGCCAUAGCGAUACGGCGGGCAUAAAUUCGCAAUUUGUAUACGAGUCAAGUUCCACGACAUCGACCAACACAUCCGCGUCGCAGACCCCCAAGGGUGUCCCAUCCACACAGUACCACAGACAACAUCAUUUAGAUUCGGUGCAACACGAUUAUGCCCCCCUCAGUCCAGAGUCCAAUGAAACAUUCGAGAGGAGAAAACUAAAAAGCAUCCUCAAGAAAUUCAGUCACGAACGACAAUACCGACGAUCGCCGACAGGGACUGGCUGUGAUGCGCCCACAGACUCGCAACCGCAACACAGGAGUCUCUCAAUGGAGCCCACAGUGGAAGGCCCUCCCAGCAAUGCUGGCAGUCUGCAAGAGGAUCCCACAUACACCGAAAAGCCUUUACAUACCCACAUAUUGACACCGACCGCCGUGUCCUGUGCACUUUAUGGCGAUCCGCUGAUGUCACCACCCGAUCUCAUACGUGCCGAAUCAAUUACCACGUGUACCUCAGCCAACGUCUCUCAGACAUUUCAAAUGAAUAGUAGUAGCACCCUUACCAUGUACCCCACAAACGUUUACCCGCUUGCCGAUUCAAAUCACACCACAUGCCAGACCCAUGCCCCAUCGUUGACAGGGUUUUCCGAAGGCCACGACUGCUUUAGCCAGAUUUUGUGUGGCAUCGACAGCGUUAUACGAAAACAUGUCAGCGAUAUGCAUUCAAAGUUUGAAUCUCAAUUCUCAAGCAUGGCUCUGGAGGUAGAGAAAAGGGACGCCCUGAUUGCUCAUCUUCAGUCGAAGGUCAGAACGUUGGAAUUGAGCGCGUUGUCUACUUCGCGUAGGAAACAACAUCGCGAGAAAACCAGUGGGAAGAUAUGUUCUGCUGCGAAAGAAGUUGACGAAGAGAAUGAUGCCAAUGCCGAAGACGAUUGUAGCUCGGGUUCAUCGGCCGAAUUGCUCUUUAUGCGCGGCGAUUCCCUGGACACAGUGUUCACUUCCUCCCCACCUACGCAAUCCAAACGCCACUAUACUUGUUCGCCGAACACCAGUUGGAAUCGUGAAGAUUUCUCCUACGACUACAGUCCAUAUGCUAAAACAGGCAAUGGUAGCAAGGCGAAAAACGGCAAAAGCAAGGCCACAAAUCAAGUCGAAUUGGUUGCUAACAUGGCGGGCAAUCUAACACGGCUGGGGGACAGUGUUAUUCUGGACAUUGGAGAGAGCAGUUCGAGUUCCAGUUCGUCGGAGGAGAAACUGCACUUAGACGAGGAAGUUGAAGAAAACGAUGGUAACGAUGACAACGACAGUUCUGACAAGCAGGUACAUCACAAUGAUUGGGAGGUUCGGAUGUUGGCAGCUGAAAUGGAGAAACAGGAAAGAAAACGAGGGCUUUCACUCAGCGAACACUCAGCUCUGCCCAACAGUAAAAUGGGCAGCUCGUUUCUGCGAAGGCGAAGAAAGCUGAGCGACACCGAAACGGAAUGCAGCGAAACCGAAGUCGAACAAACACCAACCCAUUCCCGACCUCGUGCCUCCAGCCUUGACCAGUUCAAUAUGAGGUACGGCAUCGGCCGCAGCGGCAUCUUCAAGGCCAUGAGCAUCGAUCGUGAUAAAGACAAACUUUGAAAAUUAGUUAAAUACACAAAAACCCGAUCUUAUGUUAAUAGUAUUUUAGUCAGUAAAUUAAAGCAAUUUCACAGUAUUGAAACGUACAAUUACAUUCUAGUUUAAACUACCAAAACCAAAUACUAAGGUACAUUCGUACAUACGUACAUACGUACAUAACUAGCUUUACGACCAACAAACGAGCGCAAUAACGCCAAUAGCAUUUAAUAAUCGUAUUAAGGGACCACAGUGCCCAGCGUCCUAAGUCCCGCCCUCGGUCGCGACACCAAGUGCACAGACAGCCGAAUGCUCGGGUUCUCGCUGAAACCGAAAAGUACAAUUCACGACUACCAGUCACCGCCACUGUGUCCCCUUAACAGGCUAAGAACUACACUUGGUUUUGACGCGGUGCCAACGAAUGUCCCCGACAAGUCUUCAUUCCAGAUGGCGUCCAAUGGGAGGAGGCGAUCGAUCGAUGGUCCAGUGUCAGAUGGUAAAUGAAAACCAAAUGUCUGUCAAACAUGUAAAUACCUCUUUAAAAUAAUAAGAUAACGGCCUAUAUUUUUAAGGAUACUACUUUAGAAUAAUGAAAUCUGAAAGCUUUAAUAACUUAUAUAGAUUUAUUGAAUAUGUAUUAUUGAAACACACACACACACACACCCACAUAAACAUAUGUAAUUGUUUUCAGACCCGACCACCUUUCCAUUUCACAACAACAAAAACCAACCAACUUCACCUAAUGUAGAUAAUUUGUAAAUUGCUUCGUAAUACACCAUCACUUUAUGGGUACCAUUUCACGUUUCUCAAAAUCCGUUUCUUUUUGUCUUUGUGUAUGUUUUAAGUCUUGCAAUAGCUUUUUUUCCUCUUCUGGCAUAAUUGUUCAACACCUUCAAAAAAGUAACUCUGAUCUUUUUCGAAAAAAAAAACAUAACACCUGGAGUCCGUUUCCAAAAUACGAAACAACUAACGUUGAAAUAAGCAUUUUUUUAAAGGAGAUUACAUUACAAUACAUUGAAAAGGGCACAUACAAACUUGGCAAAGUUUAGAAUCUAACGAUUUCUUAAAACUUUUAUGGUAUAUGCAAAAAAGUCACAACUCAAUAUUGAGUUAUCGUAGCGAGCCGAUCUUAUUAUUGACAUUAUUUUUAUUAUUGACACAUUAUAAUGACAUAGACCAAAAAAGGUAUAAGCGAACAAAUACUUGUAAACUAUAAAAUUAACAAGUUUGAAUCGGACAUUACAACAUUCAACAAAAUUAUGCAAUACAAUCCUCAAAGUUUUACCAAAACACUUCUUUGAAUAAUUCUUCUCUAUCUUAUAUGAGAUUUACUGAUACUGUGCUAGAAGGAGUGGACCGAUAUUGUUAAUUUUAGCAUGCUGCAUGGAGUUGGUACAAGAAGGGAGUUUUCAUUCGUAAAAUGUGAUUUACAUAAGUAUUAUCUAUUUGCGAGCCUAAGCUAAGACUAAAAUCAGAUUCUCCCUUCGCCCUCUAUCAGCCAUACAGAUAUCAAUUUUACAAUACACCAUAUACUUUUCAACAAAUAUUUCUCGUUCAUAUUCAAAAUUGUUGAACCGCUUGAACAAUUUAAACAUAUCUAUUUUCAUAAAACUCCACACUAAUGGGCUGUUUUGAACAUUGGUCAACCACACUUAACUUUGGCAAUGGUGAACAAUUAUGCCAAUAUUCUAAAAACUGUUUUCUGUCAAACUAUACUCUGUAUUUAAAAUAACAGCUGAUAUAACCAACAGAAGAUAAUGGAGAUGCCUGUGCACGUCACUUCUCUACAUCUUGGCUAGGGUAUUUAAAGUGACUUAACUUUUAUAAAAGUCGAAAAUUAAUCCGUUCAUAAAUGAAAAUCAAGUGAUUUUAUUUUUUAAUUAAGCAAAUUAAAUAUAUAUGUAUAUAUAUAAAAAUACAUAUUUCUGUAGCAUACAAAUAUAUGGAUAAAUAUGCCUUUUACACGUUCGUACAUGUUUCGAUCUUAAAUCCUCUACAUUUCACUUUUACAUGUGUGUGCGUGCAUUAUUGCAAUUUACUUUUUAUUUAGGAAUACAUCAGGGACCACGAACAAUUUAUAAUAUUUAUUUUUAUUUAUUAACAAUAUUCAUGGUUUAUUAUUAAUUGUAAUAGUUUUUUACAUUAUAUUCUUAAAAUUUGAAGCUGGCACACACAAUGUAAUAUACUGAUAUGAAACCCUAAAAUAUAUAAGAUUUCUUCGCGGUUUUUGGGACAUUCAUAUUGCAGCACUUUCUAAUAAAUGUAUGUAAAUACCUGCAGCAGGUGCUUUUUAUUUUUAUAUAUUACACCAAACCAAAUAUGUAUGUGUAGAAAGGAACUCUCAUUCAUGUAAAGUGUAAACAGGUGAUUGUAAACUCCGUAAAAAACUGUAAAAAUUAAAAAUCAUAUUCAAUUGAUUGGGUUUGACUAAUUUUGUCAAGCGUUUUUAAAACUUCUAUUAGAUUAGCAAUAAGGAGAAGCACUUGAUAUAAAUUGCGCACUAUGAAUGAGGGAUUUCAUAAAACUAUCAGGGUAUUGUGUAAUUAUAUUUUUCAUAGAUGUUCUAUUUUUAAUGCAAAAGCGACGAAUAUGAAUGCCCCAAACUUUGUUCAAACUAUAUUUGUAAUAAAUAUCUCUAUUCUGUUAUUGAUCUAUAUGACAUACACAUUAUCGCUGUAAAAAUACGUUUACAUACACAUUUUUGUUCGGGUUAGCUGUAAUAACCCUGCAAGCAUUUGGAAGUGAGUAACUCACUCCCAUUUUAAGAUGCCACUUCUGUGACGCUUCUAAUCGUAAUAAAAACGAUAGUAUGUACAUUUACAAUAACAAAACUACUGUUGUCUGUUUUCUAUCGCCACGGAGUUACUACGUAGUGGCGUCAAGGAAGAUAAAAUAAGUUGUCGCAUGUGCAGAAACUAUUUUGUAACUUCUGUCGGAUGAAGCAUUGAUAGAUUACAAUUAUUAUAUGAGGAAUAUAAGACACUGUGGCCCAGUGGUAAGCAUGCCAGCUUCGCUCUCGCAGAAAUGGCAUCUUAAAAAGGGAGUGAGUGACCCGCUUCCAAAUGCAUGCGGGGGAUCGACUAAUCACAAUACAUUUUACAAUGAAAAAAUAGGUUCAAUUUAUUGUGGUUAUUGGUCAAUUAUUACUGUCGAUCGCUUCAAAAAAUAAGCAAGUAAACGCGCUCUAAAAGCUGAGCAUAUAAACGUGACCAUUAGACUUUACACUAUUCUCACAAAAUAAAAUGUGUAUUUUUUAAACUUUUUGAUGACAAAAAUAUUAAUACAACCUUUUUUGAUUAAAUGAAGUAAAAAUAAUCCUAUUUUUACAAGUACGUCAAUUAUAUAAUGAAUACAUAUUUACAUAUAAACAUAUGUACUUGCAUACAAACGUAGUUAUAUUCAUUAAUAUACACAUACAUAUAUAAAUCAUUGAUGAUAACGAUCCCGAACCUCAAAGUUGUCAUUGUUCCACCGAAAAACUCAUAUUUCGGAACUUGUUUCAUUUUUAAUAAUUUGUUUUUUUUUUUUUAAAUAUAUGUAAAUGUAUAUAGUCGAGGCAGAAUUAGCAAGCAAAUGGCAACAAAUUCGGGCGGAUCGAACCUUUUUUUAUCCCUUAUCGAAUAUGUACCGUUAUAUGGGGACUAUAGAAAAACGAGGAUCAACGUGGACAAUUGUCGGUUGAAGGGUUGGUAUCUAUUACAAACCCAAUUUUAAACGCUUCCGUUGAAAAAUAUUACUAAAAUCAUCCAACUAAAUACCUACGGGAAAACGUGGACUUAUGUAGACAAUGUUAUUUCAUGAACCCGUUAUGAACCAUAACUACCGAAAUAAAAAAUCUGUUGAAAAAGGUGGCUUGUGGUCAAAAUAUCGAAUAUCGUGAGUUUUUAGCUUUUUAUCUCCAUUCGUUCGGAAGAUAAUGUGAUUACAAUGUCUAACUUGACUAUUCCGAGGAAGUACUAUAAUCUUAAAAUUAAUUUUACAAUUUUUAGCAGCUCUACAGGCUCUGCUCCAGAACCUGCAAGAAUCUACAAGUUUUGCAAUUUUUUCACAAGUUAUUGUGAAGGAACGUGACGUUUCCAUUGAUGUCAAUUACACGUCAGACCCACUCAGAUAACUGAGCUACAGCCAAGGUCUCAUGAAUUUUAUUGUUUACAACGCAACGAAAAUCCCGAAAAAUGGAUCAUUAUUUGCAAUAUAGCCGACUUCAAUCUGGAAUAUGUGCCAUUUUACAAAAAAGUAACAACGGCCCAUUGAUUGAUUCGGGACAUAUAGUUACAUGGAUGUAGCCGAAAAUUUUAGAUGUACAACAAGUAAAAAAGCUGUAAGUUCGGCCGGGCGAACUUUAAAUACCCUCCACCAUUUGGUACAAAUUUGGCAAUUUCCAAAAAAAAAAAAAAAUAAAAUCCGUUAAAAAUUCUGUUAAAAUCUUUAAAAUACCAAAUGCUUAUACGACGACGUGGACCUGAAGUAUCCAUUACGAACUUCACAUGCUAAAUAAUGUCGCUAACAUUAUCAAAAUACCGAAUAUCGGGGGUACGGUAUAUGGGGGCUAUACGAAGACGUGGACCUACAUGGCCCAUUUUCUGUUUUAUGCUGCAGUAUCUAUUACGAACUUCAAAUACCAAAUUUGGAACGAUUCCGUUAAAUAAUGUCGCUAGAAUCAUCAAAAUACCGAAUAUCGGGGGGUACCGUUAUAUGGGGGCUAUAUGAAGACGUGAACCUACAUGGCUCAUUUUUUUACUUAGGAUGUGGUAUCCAUUACGAACUUCAAAUACCAAAUUUGAAACGAUUCCGGUAAACAAUGUCGCUUAUAUAAUCAAAAUACCGAAUAUCGGGGGUACCGUUAUAUGGGGGCUACACGAAGACGUGGACCUGCACAGAUAAUUUUCUGUCUUAGGCUGUAGUAUCCAUUACGAAUCUCAAAUGCCAAAUUUGAAACAAUUCCGGUGAAUAAUGUCGCUAAAAUCAUCAAAAUACCGAAUAUAGGGAGGUACCGUUAAAUGGGGGCUAUAUGAUAACUUGGACCUACAUAUGAUAACAUGAACCCAUUUACGAACUUAACCUGCCUACUGGCAAAAUAUACAUGUGUGCAAAAUUUUAGCCUUCUAUCUCAAUUUGUUCGAAAGAUAGCGUGAUUACAACAGACAGACGGACAUGGCUAAAUCGUCUUGAUUUUUUUGUACACUCCGUCGAAUUCUAGGUGGACUUGUUUCAAUUUUUGAUGUACAAUGCGUAUAGCAAUUCAUGCGCUUAACUUCUAUCGUAAAUAUAGGGUUAUGGUUAGUAAGGGUUAUGGUUAGUAACAACAAAUACGUAAGAUCCUUAACAAAAAAUUGUUUGGCUAAGUCAUCAAGUUGCGCGAAGGAAUCUUAGGCCUAAACUAUUACAUUUCAAGUCAACCAAUGUACAGUGGUCGCUGCCGUUGGCCAAAAUUCAAAAAAUGAAAAUCAGAUAUUUAUUGUCAAAUGUGUACAAAUGAACUCUUAAGGGGUUAAGCUUAUUAGAAAGCAUAAUAAUCUUGGCUUCAUUCUAACGGCCCACUUCAAAAAUAGAAUCAAAAAAGAGAAAAUGUUGUUAGUUGCUUUUUUUCAGUGGGAUCAGAGAAAAAGUGGAGUAAAAAUAGAAGUCGGGGCCGACUUCAUGAUACCCUACACCACUUUGCAUAUUUAGUAGAGCGUCACUUAACAAAUAAAGGUUUUUAUGGGGAAUUUGUGAGAAUUAAAUCAUACCAACUAUGAUUAUGGUAAUAAUUAAAUGUGCAAAGGAACUAAUAUAUGGGAGGAAUAUCCUCCUCUGAAUGGAUUUCUACUAAGUUUGUCGAGGCAUUUGCGCCUUUUCAAUUCGGGCUUGUAUUAUCCAUUUGGUGCACAAUCAACUUGAAAUUAGAUAGAUAUAUUUGAUUUGGGCUAAUAUUACACGUUAGGUGCACAAUAAAAGGCAAAUCGGACGAAGAUACAUAUUUGAGCCAUAUCCAAAUAUUAACAGAUCUCGAUAAAAUUUAGAAAGGGUAUUUCUGAGUUAUAUUUGAUAUAUUUCCCCAAAUAUUGUUGUUACAGAGUGCAUAUUACGGCUGCGGGGGACAAAAUAACAAAUCGGAUGAACAAUAUAUAUGGGAGCUAUGUAUAAUCUGAACCGAUUUCGAACAAAUUUGGCAUACUUAUUUUCAGGUCCAAAAAUCAUACUAUUUGGGCUGAUAUUACAAGUUUAGUGCGCAAUAUAAGGCAAAUUGAAUGAAUAUAUAUGAUCUAGACAAAAUAAAUCCGGCAACUUUCAGUGACACAAAUGUCAAAAUUACUAGAAUUUCUUAUAAAACGAAGAGUAAAACUUGUUACAAAAGAUGUCUGUAAAUAGUGAAACAUUUUCUGUUUUUAACUUUUUCUCGCUUCCUUUAUAUCGUUAUAUCACUUAAGAGCAAUGACAAUUUUGUGAACAAUAUUCGGGCAUAUUCCUAUUCUUGGAUGUCCAAUCUAAUCGUUAUUGUCUGUGAAAAGCAGAAUCUAGCUAAUAAUUGACAGAAAACCAAAGCAAUUUGUUUGUUUUUGUUAAUUCAUACAUAAGUUUUUUAAUAUAAAAAUAUACAUACAUAUAUAUAUUUAGAUGAUAUAACAAUGGAUCUCCGAUAAAUAAUGUUAAUUAGUGAAUAACAUAAUCUUACAACUAACAAACAAAACAACAAUAUUUUUAACCCAUGGAAGAAAUGCUAAAGCAAACCCCAAUUAAAAAAACAACCUAGUAAAUGAAAUAAAACAAAAACAAUACUGGAACGAAUGAAUAUUAUAUGAAAACUAAAAUAAAACAAAACUAAACUAAACAAAUUCAUUGAAUUUAAUGAAAAGUAUAUUUACGAAAGCAGUAGUCCAAAUAGAAAAUUAUAAAUGAAUAAAAACCAAUGAACAAAUACAUAUUUUGAGUAAAUUUUAAAGGUUUUAAUUUUAAAUAUUUAGCAGAGUCAACUAUAGCUUUCACACUCGACACAAACCUACAAGAGAGAUUUAACAAGAAAUAAAUGAAUUAAAAAAUCAA